UCCAUCCCCUCUCGCUCUUCACGUCCACAUAAACUUCUCCGCCCCUCACUCACCUUCUCUGUUACUUCUCACACUCUUCCUUUCUCUCUCUAAAAUUCUCUCUCCAUAGCAAUUAGAAAAAAUUUAGCAAUGGCUACUGCGACAUCAGCUACUUCCCUCUCUCCCAAAAUCAUUCCCUCCACUUCUUCCACCACCCAAAACCGUUCAACUCUCAAUGUCCCCACCACCCGCUUUCUUCGCAACCCUCUACGCCGUCUGGGCUUCGCCGGCGCCGCCGUCGACCCUCUUCUCAGCCUCCACGUAGCUGCCAGACUCAGGUCCCUCAAAGCGAGCGGAAAAUCCUCCAGAGGGGUGGCGUCGAUGGCCAAGAAGAGCGUCGGAGACCUCACGGCGGCGGAAUUGAAGGGCAAGAAGGUCUUCGUUAGGGCUGAUUUGAAUGUCCCUUUGGAUGAUACCCAGAAAAUCACUGACGAUACCAGAAUUCGAGCUGCUGUGCCCACCAUCAAGCACUUGAUCUCAAAUGGGGCUAAAGUCAUUCUCUCCAGUCACUUGGGACGACCAAAAGGUGUUACACCAAAAUUCAGCUUGGCACCCCUUGUGCCCAGAUUAUCUGAAUUACUUGGCAUUCAGGUUGUGAAGGCUGAUGACUGCAUCGGUCCAGAAGUUGAAAAACUCGUGGCUUCACUUCCUGAUGGUGGUGUUCUUCUUCUUGAGAAUGUGAGGUUUUACAAGGAGGAAGAAAAAAAUGAACCUGAGUUUGCAAAGAAGCUUGCUUCGUUGGCAGAUCUUUAUGUGAAUGAUGCAUUUGGUACUGCACAUAGAGCCCACGCCUCAACUGAGGGUGUUACAAAAUUUUUGAAGCCAUCUGUUGCUGGUUUCCUUUUGCAGAAGGAACUGGACUACCUUGUUGGAGCAGUUUCAAGCCCAAAGAGGCCAUUUGCUGCUAUUGUGGGCGGUUCAAAGGUCUCAUCUAAGAUUGGAGUGAUUGAGUCGCUUCUCGAAAAGUGUGAUAUCCUGCUUCUUGGUGGAGGAAUGAUCUUUACAUUUUACAAGGCACAAGGUCUUUCUGUAGGAUCGUCCCUGGUAGAGGAAGACAAGCUUGAUCUUGCAACAACACUCCUUGAGAAGGCCAAGGCCAAAGGAGUAUCUCUUUUGUUACCCACUGAUGUAGUUAUUGCUGACAAGUUUGCUCCUGAUGCAAACAGCAAGAUUGUGCCAGCAUCUGCCAUUCCGGACGGCUGGAUGGGCUUGGAUAUUGGACCUGAAUCUAUAAAGACAUUCAAUGAUGCUUUAGAUACUACCAAAACUGUUAUCUGGAAUGGACCAAUGGGAGUGUUUGAGUUUGACAAGUUUGCAGCUGGAACAGAGGCAAUUGCGAAAAAGUUAGCUGAACUUAGUGGGAAGGGAGUUACAACAAUCAUUGGAGGUGGAGAUUCUGUUGCAGCUGUAGAAAAAGUAGGAGUUGCUGAAGUGAUGAGUCACAUAUCAACAGGUGGUGGUGCCAGUUUGGAGUUGUUGGAAGGGAAACAGCUCCCUGGUGUUCUAGCUCUUGAUGAAGUCGUAGUGGUUGCUGUCUAAGACAAAGUUCGGUUUGUUUGUUUAUUUGUUUCCUUUUCUCAGCCCUUGCCUUGGCGAUGUUUCAAUUAAGGUUUGUAAACGAGAAAUUUGGGCAUAUAUGAGUUCAUUUGUAGAUCUUCACCAUAGCCAUCAAUGUAAGGUCCUUUGGUCUUUGUCUAUCUACCCUCUUGUUCAUUUCACCAUAAAAAGACUAGGAAAUGUUGGAAGAGAAAACUUGAUAUUUCCGAGUUUUCAAUAAAUUUAUUUUUUACUUUU